CAGUUGGCACAGUUGUAAAGGGAAUGGCUAACUUACGAAGUGUUACCCGUCAAGCGAGUCGGGUAUUUCGAUAUGUACACCAAGAUUUCGUGGAUAAAGAAGUGUCUAGGUGCUUGUGUGUUUGCGUACGCCAAUUGUCACAUAUUCAGAGGCAGACGGCUUUAACUUCACACUGCCAACAUAGAACUUUGUUCUCCCUGCCAAAAUUCAAUCCACUGUCCACAAACAAGAGGAAGCAGUACUCAGAAAGACGAGUUUUAGGGUACAGCAUGGAACAGAUGUAUGACAUCGUGGCAGGUAUAGAAUUUUACCCACAGUUCGUCCCCUGGUGUACGCGAGGGGACAUCAUCACUCGAAAGCCCGGGAUGUGCAAAGCUAAGAUGGAGAUAGGGUUCCCUCCCCUGGUGGAGCGCUACACAUGUAUGGUGACCCUAGCCAAACCACAUUUAGUGAAAUCUGAGUGUACAGAUGGACGGUUGUUUAACCACUUGUUGACCAUCUGGCAUUUUAGCCCUGGCCUUCCCAACAGACUGGACACCUGUACUUUAGACUUCUCGGUGUCUUUCGAGUUUCGGUCAAGUCUUCACUCUCAUCUGUCUCACAUCUUCUUUGAUGAGGUUGUCAAGACGAUGGUGAACGCAUUUCUGAAACGUGCUAAUGCUCUUCACGGACCUCAGUCCAUCAAACAGCAGAAACCCAAAGUACUAUCAUAUGACUCUUGACCCUUGCUGAAUUUAGCCAAUCGUCAAGACCAGCACAUCCAUGAAGAAGACUUUUAACCAAUCAAUAUGCCUGAAACAUUCAUGUUUGGUAGAAGACUGUUGACUUCUCAGAAUGUCCAGCACAUUAAAAGAAGAUGUUGACAGGCCUAUCCAUGGGAAUG